AUGUCACCGAUCAGAAACGCUGCCGCAUAUGCCAAGGAAAGCAAAGUUAGGUGGGGCGGACACGUGAUGCGUUUCAACGACAACCGUUGGACCACGGCUGUAAGCGAUUGGAUACCACCGUCAUCAAACGCACCGCAGGAAGACCGCCGAUCUGAUGGUCAGACCUCUUCACGAAGUCCUUCAAAGAAGAGUAUGACGCUCUUCGAGUUCCUCGCGAGAAGAGAUGCCACUGGACAACACUUGCGCGCGAUCGGGACAAAUGGAAGUAUUACUGGUGCCUGCUCGAGUAAAUCGAUGAACAACGGGAGCACAGGUGAUACAGGGGAUUAA